AUGUCGGAUCAUGCGGCCAAAAGCCAGCCAGUGUUGUCAAUGCCAUCUUCAGUACCUUCAAAUCUCAUGCCAUCUUCAGUCACAUCCAAGAGGCAUCCCUGUUCUUCCGCGAGUGUGACAUACAUCAGCAGACGUAAACUUGUCGAAGUCGUUGAUGGACUGCUUGGUGUGAUGACACCAUCAUCAACCCAUAUAAAGCCAUCUGUGCAUUUUGAUUCUGAUGGUCCAUCUGAUGAAGUUUCUCCUUACAAAGCUUGGCUGGCAACAUGCCCUUCUGCUUUAGCUUCCUUCGACCGGAUCAUAGCAAGUGCGCAGGGAAAGAAGAUCGCCUUGUUUCUGGACUAUGACGGCACACUUUCGCCUAUUGUCAAUGAUCCCGAGAAGGCGUUCAUGUCCACCGAGAUGCGUGCUGCUGUGAAGAAUGUAUCCAAGUUCUUCCCUACAGCGAUUGUCAGCGGGAGGUCCCGUGACAAGGUGUUCGAAUUUGUACAGCUGAAGGAGCUCUGCUACGCUGGAAGUCAUGGAAUGGACAUAAUGCUAUCUUCUGCAGAUUCUUCUAAAAGUAAAACAGAAGAUGACAAAGUAGCCAAACUUUUCCAACCUGCAAGCGAGUUUUUACCCAUGAUCAUUGAGGCUUACAACUCCCUAGUGGAGGCCACUAGAUCAAUCAGGGGUGCAAAUGUUGAGAACAACAAGUUCUGUGUGUCUGUACAUUACCGCAACGUCGACAAGCAGGACUGGGAUUCGGUCGCGCAGCUUGUCAACGAUGUGCUGAAGUCUUUUCCUCGUCUGAAACUAACAACCGGACGAAAGGUUUUAGAGGUUCGUCCAGUGAUUGACUGGGACAAGGGGAAGGCAGUGGAGUUCCUGCUGCAGUCGCUCCGGCUAGAUGACCCUGGAAGCGUUCUCCCUAUCUACACCGGAGAUGAUCGAACCGACGAAGACGCAUUCAAGGUGCUUCGCGAGCGGAACUGUGGGUACGGGAUUCUGGUUUCGCAGGUGCCCAAGGAGACUGAAGCCUUCUACUCGCUGAGAGCCCCAUCUGAAGUGAUGGAGUUCCUCGAUUCCCUGGUGAGAUGGAAGGACCAACAGCAGCCAGCCCAUGAUCAAGAAUGA